CUCCAUUGUAUUGAAAUUUACGCUUGUAGUGCUAUUUUCUUGUGUAGUAAAAAAUGAUUAUAUUGAUAUAAAGCUGAAUUGAAGUAAAUAAAAUCAUGGCGAGCCCUUCGCCCCAAAGCAGCCCUAUGCCGCCUCCUCAGGCACCAAGUCCUAUGGGACCUCCCUCACAAAGUCCGGCACCACCGCCUUCUCCUCACAGUCCUUACAGCCAAGGUCCUCCACCACCGCAGCAACAACAGCAACAAGGGCCUCGCAACAGCAGGGGCUACCUCCACAACAAAUGGGACCAAAUGGAAUGGGACCGCAAGGGCCACUCCAAAUGGAGGACAUAUGGUUCCACCACAUCCACAACAGUUCGGAGCUCCUCAGCAUCCUAAUAUGCCACCAGGUCAUCCUGGCGGUCCAAUGGGUCCGGGACAACCUCAUCCAGGAAUGCACGGCAUGCCGCCUCAAGGACCACCUAUGGGCUAUCAUCCGAUGCCUCAACAUCCUAAUCAGGGGCCAAGUCCAGGACCA